AUGCCCCAAAACUCUUGCUGUGUCAAAGAUUUUGAGGGCAUGGAUGAGCUUCUCAUUUCUUGUCCUCCACGACAUAGAUUCUUCUUCCUCUUACUCAGUUUGUGCUUCAAGGGUUGGGAAGGAUCUAAGGAGAGAGGUUUUAUAGAGAAGAUCUUUGAAGUGGUCUCAUCAAUGGAGAAGAAUGGGGAUCCAAGAGGCAUAUCAAUGGGUCAAGAAGUUAUCCAUGGCAGAGUUGAGGUCGCUGAAGGAGCUGGGGGUUUCAAAGCCCACACGAGGAGGGCCCAUGGCGAAGCCGGCGAGUUGUAG